UGAUACGGUUUUUUUUUUAUUGAUUAACUAACAAUUGAACAAAUUGUGAAAUGGAACGCAACAGCUAUCUUUGAAUUCAUAUACAGCGUUGUAACUGUGUUCUUGUGGAUUUGGCAUAUUGAACGAAGAAAUUGGCGUCAGCUGUUUGGCCAUUUGUUAUUUCGUUAACUUUCCUGCGGGCAUAACAAAAAAGUAAAUUUUUUUUAUUGAAAACGUUUUAAAGGCAUUGCUAACAAUUGCAUUUCUGUGUUCUCCGUCGUAAAAAUCAUGCCAAAAGACAAAAAGCAUAAGAAAAGUGAACAUGGGGAACGUCGCCACAAACAUAAAUCCAAACACAAAAAGUCGAAAAAGAAGUACCGUUCAUCCUCUUCAUCAUCGUCUUCCUCUGCUUCCGAGGAAGAAUCAUUGCCUAAAAAUAUUCAAUUGCUGAAAGCAUUGGAGGAACGGCGAUUAUUAGAGGAACGUGAAAGAAAGCGACAAAAGGAGGAGAUGAAGGCCAAAGAGACGCCUGAACAAAAGCGGGAACGUAGACUUCGUGAGAAAGAGGUAAAAGAGUUGAGACGCAAACAACGCAUGGGUUGGGAUAAUGAAUAUCAAACGUAUACGGAUCAAGAUAAUCCUUUUGGUGAUUCCAAUUUGACUUCAACCUUUGUGUGGAACAAAAAGUUACAAAAGCAAGGUCUAAAGGAUGCUCCAAUGCAGACAGUGGAGGCUAUUAAUCGUCAAAAACAAAUGGAAAAUAAAAUAGAAUUGGAAAAAGUAAAGAAACGGCGACUAGAAAGAGAAAAGGAGAAGCAAGAGCGCGAGGAGGAGAUGGUAUUGCAGCAGAGGGAAAAGGAGGCCGCACAAUUUCAUGAAUGGGAGAAACAGGAGGACCAGUUUCAUUUGGAACAGGCUCGCCUGAGAAGUGAGAUACGCAUACAGGAUGGUCGCGCCAAACCCAUUGACCUUUUGGCCCAAUACAUCAAUGGCUCCAAAUUGGAAGAUGCCAUUGAAAUGCAAAUGCACGAACCUUACUUUAUUCUCAAUGGUCUAAACAUAAAAGAUUUGGAGGAUCUUUUGGUGGAUAUUAAAGUUUACAUUGAACUGGAAAAGGGAGAACAUAUAGAUUUCUGGAAUGAUAUGACAAUUAUUGUUCAAGAUGAACUGCAAAAGCAAAGAAAACAAGCCGAACAUGAUGAAGCCAUAAGUUCUAGGCGAGAAGGCAUACAUGAAAGUGUGGUAAAAGACGUCUCUGGGACAUUCCGCAACAAAACAAUUAUCCAACUGGAUGAACUAAAGUCGAAGAUUGAAGCCAAAAUAGAGUCACGUACCGAAGGCAUCGACAUCAGCUAUUGGGAAAAUAUAUUGUCGCAGCUAAAAGCCCACAUGGCGAGGGCGAGACUAAGGGAUCAUCAUCAAAAGAAGUUGAGGGAAAAGCUUGAUCUACUAAAAACUACCUCUAUCAAAGAAGAGGUGAAAGGCAAUGACUCGCCAGAAUCUCCUUACAAUGCCGAAAGGCACGAAACCAAAGGAGAAGAAGAGACCGAAGUUCCCACCCAAGAGUUAUAUCAAAAUGACUGUUUCAUUCUAUAUGAUGAAGGAGGUUAUAGUCCCUCCUACAUACCGUUUGACUCCCAGGGGUCUUUAAAUUUAGUGGACGAAGAAGAGGAUGAAAUUAAUUUGAAAAUUCUAAGGCAACAACUUUUGGAAAACAAUCAAGAGUCCACUAUCAACCAAGAGUUGACAAGUAUGCGCCAAGAAGCUCGUAAGGGUAUGUCAGGUGAUGAAGUUGAGUUCUCAGUUGAAAUGCCUUGUGAUAACUCUUUGGCCAUACAACUAGCCACAGACAAGUAUAGGCCUCGCAAACCACGCUACUUCAACAGGGUGCACACUGGUUUCGAAUGGAAUAAAUACAAUCAGACACAUUACGAUAUGGACAAUCCACCGCCGAAAAUUGUGCAAGGCUAUAAAUUUAACAUAUUCUAUCCGGACUUAAUUGACAAGUCCAAAACGCCACAAUAUUUCCUCACUCAAUGUGAAGACAAUCCCGACUUUGCAAUUUUACGAUUUCGUGCUGGCCCCCCUUACGAAGAUAUUGCCUUCAAGAUUGUCCAUCGAGAGUGGGAAUUCAGCUACAAAAGAGGAUUUCGUUGUCAGUUUCACAACAACAUUUUUCAGUUAUGGUUCCAUUUCAAACGUUAUCGAUAUCGCAGAUAAUUCAAGAAUAUAUUGUUUCUACAAUUUUGUAUGUAUUUAUUAAAUAUAGAGUAAGGAACACUUUAAAUAUAUCUGUAGUUGGAAAAUAAA